GGACAAGUUUGUGUUUUAUUUCGUGCAAUCAAUUGUAAAUUAUUUUCGGUGGCAUUAAAAAUUCCUUAACUUAAAUAAGUUGAAAUGUCGUUGUUAACAAAGGAGAAUGCAAAGGAUCACUGUCGUACUUGCUUAAAAAGACUAAAUGGUUGCACAGAGAUGGCUUCUAGUGCAUGCAAUACAGAUGAGACACCGGAUAAUAAGGACAUGCACUUCAACAUCUGCAGCGAUCCAGAAUUACAGCAUCUCGUUUGUACUUAUGUGGAUGGCCCCUAUAAGAGUGAAGCACCAAAUUUGGCCAUUCAUAAUUUUCCAGAAAAUGUUUGCCUUGGUUGCUAUAAUAAGCUUCAGAACUUUGUUGCAUUUCGUAAACGGGCACAACAGAGCGCAGAAAAAUUACGCACAGUACUUAAUUGUAGUAGUGGCAUCAUUAAAGUAGAAUUAAAUUAUGAGGAAGAGGAAAAUGAGCAGCAAAAAACUGAUCCGGUGGGUCUAUCAGUAUGGGAUUAUAAAUUACAGGAUGCGCUUAUGGAAAACGAAGAGGUAUUUUUCGAAACAUCAGUGGCUACCUUGGCGGAUGUAGAAUUAAAAGAUGAUGCCGUAGUUCCAUUCGAACCAUUAGUAUCCGAGUGUAGUGGUAAGCCGUCGCCGCCAUCGGUAUCCGAAUGUAGUGGGAAGCAAAGUGUGGAAAAAGAGGACGACUUAAAGAAAGAAAUGUCUCAAGUAGACAAAAAAGACAAAUACAAAUGUUCACAUUGUGAGCAAAGCUACGCGUUCAAUUCCGAAUUGGAAUCUCAUGUACGUCAGGCUCACGAUAUAACAAAAAUGCCAUUUUCUUGCGGGCAUUGUGACAAGUCGUAUAGGUAUAUCCGUAGUCUGCAAGAACAUGUAAAACAUAAGCAUCAGGCAGUGGUGAGUGCAGAUGCUCAAUUCAAGUGCACCUUAUGCCCCAAGGCGUUUUUAACGAAUUUGUCGCUGAAAAAACAUAUGUGUUUUCACAUUAAGAAAGACAUGUCGCGUGUUUGUGGAAUUUGUAGUAAACGGUUUCCGGUAAAAAGUUGGCUGGUCGAGCAUUUGCGCACACAUUCUACCGAUGGCAGAAUACCGUGUGGUCAAUGCGAUAAAAGUUUUAUGUGGUAUCAAGAUUUGUUAAAUCACGAGCGUUCAUCGCAUCUCAAAGAGAAGCUGUUUCCCUGCAAACUGUGCGACAAAUCGUUCCAAACGCAAAAAUCUUUGCGCUUCCACAGUUACCGGCAUUCUGGUGAGAAACCAUACCUCUGCGAUGUUUGUGGAAAAGGCUUUCGGCAGCCAACAGCAAUGAAACAGCAUCGGUUAAAGCAUUUUAAAAAUGACACGACUGAAAAAAAAAAUGCAAAUAAGCGAAAAAUGCCAUUUCUAACUAAAGAAAAUGUUAAGCAGCAUUGCCGCACUUGUCUGAAAAAAUUAAAAAUACAAGAUAACAGUUUAAUACCAAAUAUAGAUGUAGCAGACGAAGUUUCAGAGUGUAAAGAUUUCUGUAUUAGCAUCGUUAAUAAUGAGGAGUUACAAAAUCUUAUAGCUUCCUACAUGGACGAGCAUUGGCCUAUUGAAGCGCCUGAACUGAUAUUGGGGGAAUAUCCUCAGUGUGUAUGCAUAUAUUGCUACAAUAAACUGCAAAGUUUUGGAUUAUUUCGUGAACUAAUAAGGAAAAGUGCUAAAAAACUGCAGUCGAUACUCUGCCAUGGAGUUAAUAAAGUGGAAAUUGACGACGAUGGCCCCGAAGAAAAUCAAGGAAUGGGUAAAGAACCAGAAACAGCGCGGGCGACAGAUAAGUUCUUGCACAAGGAUACACUUAUGGAAACCGAAUCAGUUAAGUUUGAGUCAGAUAAUGUGGGAACGUUAAUGAGCGAGAGUGUACUAAACCCUGAUCCAUUCGACACUGAUAUUUCAGCUGAACGUAGAGCUACACAAAGUGAAAUUUCAAAUAACAUUAUCAACGAAGAAAGCUAUGAUCAAGUAUGGCAAGAGGAAUCCGAAGCUGAUUUAGAAAACCCAUCUAUAUCAGUGACAUCUGAAAAUGUUGAUAGCAGGAUCUUGAACAGUCAGACAGUUAAAAGCAAUUUAACUACAACUUUUGAAUGUAUUCUAAACGAUAAACAAAAUGACGAUGGUUUAGGAAAUAUAAAAUGUACACGCGCACGCAGUAAACGAUCUGCAGAAUAUGUGGCUACAAAAAUAACAUUAGAAAAACAUAAAAAAAGUAUGAAAAAAGCUAUCGAGGUAAGUCAACAUGUUCAAAAGCUUGUGGACACUGACCAGACAGAUAGUAAAUCGAAGAGACGCAAUAAAGGUACUAAAAAUCGCUUCAAAUGCGAGCAGUGUAGUCACAGUUUUGCUCAAAAAAUCACCCUCGAUGCUCAUAGACGUAAAGUGCAUGAAGGAAGCAAGAGUCCCUUUCAAUGUGAUCGAUGUGAAAAAUCGUAUAAAUUCAUCGGUAGUCUAUAUACGCACAACAAGGAAGUUCAUGAAGCUGAGGUGCGUUCAUAUUCGUGCAACAUACCUGGAUGUGACCGUGUCUAUACUAGUUUUAUUGCAAUGCAAAGACAUAAACAAUUGAAACACUCGGAUACGCCCUGCGUAGAAAAAUAUGUUUGCGAACAAUGUGGCGCAACAUUCAACCAAUCCGGUAAUCUUAAAUCCCAUCGUCGUUCUAAACAUCCUACAGCCACAGAACAAGCCGCUCAAGUCCAGUUGAAAGAGCGCUUUGAAUGUGACGUGUGUAAGAAACUGUUCCAUUCACGGUACACUUUAAAGUAUCACACCUUACAACUGCACACCAACGAAAUGAAGUACGAGUGUAAUGUGUGUGGCCGUAAAAUGGCAAAAAAAUUUAUGCUCGUCCAACAUAUGUUAGUUCACUCUACUGCUAAGAUGCUGUGUGAACACUGCGGUAAGGGGUUUGUUAGAAAAUUUGAGUUGGAAGCACACGUUAGAAUAGUGCACAUGAAAUUGAAGCCUUUUAAAUGUCAGUAUUGUUCCGAGUGUUUUGCUAUAAGAAAAACGUUGCGCCAUCAUGAGUACAUACACACCGGUGAGAAACCGUAUGUUUGUGAUGUCUGUGGGCAGGCGUAUCGUCACCAGUCCUGUUUGAAAAGCCAUCGUGAAUCGCACGAAAGAAUUAAUGUUGAUAACGUGUUAUCAACCAAUAGUAAUGGGACACUAAUGAACUCAUUUUUGAAUGCACCAUAUCAUAUAAUUGCUCAGAAAAUAGUACCUCUGACAAAUGGUAACACCGAUGCAACAAACUUUAGUAGCAGCGCUAAAGAAGUAACUAAUUUGUCAUCAUGUAAGGUUGCUGGAACUCUGAUUAAUAUAACUGACACUGGAAUUGCAGAGGAUAAAUCUAAUAUUCAGCAAUACAUCGUUAAUAAUGAAGAAUUACAAAAUCUUAUAGCCUUCUACAUGGACGAGCAUUGGCCUAUUGAAGCGCCUGAACUGAUAUUGGGGGAAUAUCCUCAGUGUGUGUGCAUACAUUGCUAUAAUAAGCUGCAAAGUUUUGGAUUAUUUCGCGAACUAAUAAAGAAAAGUGCUCAAAAACUGCAGUCGAUACUCUGCCAUGGAGUUAAUAAAGUGGAAAUUGACGACGAUGGGUCCGAAGAAAAUCAAGGAAUGGGUAAAGAACCAGAAACAGCGCGGGCGACAGAUAUGUUUAACUUUUUGCACAAGGAUACACUUAUGGAAACCGAAUCAGUUAAGCUUGAGUCAGAUAAUGUGGGAACGUUAAUGAGCGAGAGUGUACCAGACCCCGAUCAAUUCGACACUGAUAUUUCAGCUGAACGUAGAGCUACACAAAGUGAAAUUUCAAAUAACGUUAUCAACGAAGAAAGCUAUGAUCAAGUAUGGCAAGAUGAAUCCGAAGCUGAUUUAGAAAAACCAUCUAUAUCAGUAACAUCUGAAAAUGUUGAUAGCAGGAUCUUGAACACUCAAACAGUUAAAAGCAAUUUAACUAAUACUUUUGAAUGUAUUCUAAACGAUAAACAAAAUGACGAUGGUUUAGGAAAUAUAAAAUGUGCACGCGUAAGCAAGAAACGAUUUGCAGAAUAUGUGGCUACAAAAAUAGAAAAACAUAAAAAUAGUAUGAAAAAAGCUAUCGAGGUUAGUCGACAUACUCAAAACUUUGUGGACACUGACAAGACAGAUAGUAAUUCGAAGAGACGCAAUAAAGGUACUAAAAACAGCUUCAAGUGUGAGCAGUGUAGUCACAGUUUUGCUCACAAAAUCGCCCUCGAUGCUCAUAGACGUAAAGUGCAUGAAGGAAGCAUGCGUCCCUUUCAAUGUGAUCGAUGUGAAAAAUCGUAUACAUGCAUCGGUGGACUAUAUAAGCACAUCAAGGAAAUUCACGAAGCCGAGGUGCGUUCAUAUUCGUGCAACAUACCUGGAUGUGACCGUGUCUAUACUAGUUUUAUUGCAAUGCAAAAACAUAAGCGAUUGAAACACUCGGAUACACCCUGCGUGAAAAUAUAUGUUUGCGAACAAUGCGGCGCAACGUUCAACCAAUCCGGUAAUCUUAAAUACCAUCGUCGUUCUAAACAUCCUACAGACGCAGAACAAGCCGCUCAAGACCAAUUGAAGGAGCGUUUUGAAUGUGACGUGUGUAAGAAAUUGUUCCAUUCACGUUACACCUUAAAGUAUCACACCUUACAACUGCACACCAACGAAAUGAAGUACGAGUCAAAUCUUAAUCAGCAUUGCCGCACUUGUCUGAAAAAAUUAAAAAUACAAGAUAACAGUUUAAUACCAAAUAUAGAUGUAGUAGACGAAGUUUCAGAGUGUAAAGAAUUCUGUAUUAGCAUCGUUAAUAAUGAAGAAUUACAAAAUCUUAUAGCCUUCUACAUGGACGAGCAUUGGCCUAUUGAAGCGCCUGAACUGAUAUUGGGGGAAUAUCCUCAGUGUGUGUGCAUACAUUGCUAUAAUAAGCUGCAAAGUUUUGGAUUAUUUCGCGAACUAAUAAAGAAAAGUGCUCAAAAACUGCAGUCGAUACUCUGCCAUGGAGUUAAUAAAGUGGAAAUUGACGACGAUGGGUCCGAAGAAAAUCAAGGAAUGGGUAAAGCACCAGAAACAGCGCGGGCGACAGAUAUGUUUAACUUUUUGCACAAGGAUACACUUAUGGAAACCGAAUCAGUUAAGCUUGAGUCAGAUAAUGUGGGAACGUUAAUGAGCGAGAAUGUACCAGACCCUGAUCCAUUCGACACUGAUAUUUCAGCUGAACGUAGAGCUACACAAAGUGAAAUUUCAAAUAACGUUAUCAACGAAGAAAGUUAUGGUCAAGUAUGGCAAGAUGAAUCCGAAGCUGAUUUAGAAAACCCAUCUAUAUCAGUGACAUCUGAAAAUGUUGAUAGCAGGAUCUUCAACAGUCAAACAGUUAAAAGCAAUUUAACUAAAACUCUUGAAUGUUUUCUAAACGAUAAACAAAAUGACGAUGGUUUAGGAAAUAUAAAAUGUGCACGCGCACGCAGUAAACGAUCUGCAGAAUAUGUGGCUACAAAAAUAACAUUAGAAAAACAUAAAAAAAGUAUGAAAAAAGCUAUCGAGGUUAGUCCACAUACUCAAAAGCUUGUGGACACUGACCAGACAGAUAGUAAAUCGAAGAGAUGCAAUAAAGGUACUAAAAAUCGCUUCAAAUGCGAGCAGUGUAGUCACAGUUUUGCUCAAAAAAUCAGCCUCGAUGCUCAUAGACGUAAAGUGCAUGAAGGAAGCAAGCGCCCCUUUCAAUGUGAUCGAUGUGAAAGAUCGUAUACAUGCAUCAGUGGACUAUAUAAGCACAUCAAGGAAAUUCAUGAAGCUAAGGUGCGUUCAUAUUCGUGCAACAUACCUGGAUGUGACCGUGUCUAUACUAGUUUUAUUGCAAUGCAAAAACAUAAGCGAUUGAAACACUCGGAUACACCCUGCGUAGAAAAAUAUGUUUGCGAACAAUGUGGCGCAACAUUCAACCAAUCCGGUAAUCUUAAAUCCCAUCGUCGUUCUAAACAUCCUACAGCCACAGAACAAGCCGCUCAAGUCCAAUUGAAAGAGCGUUUUGAAUGUGACGUGUGUUCAGCCUCAGAGCUUUCAAAAUCGAUUAAUGUACUAGAAGCUGUGUAUUUCAUCAAAGCAUCUUGGGAUAAAGUGGAAGCCACAACCGUCCGAAAUUGCUUCCGUAAAGCAGGAUUUUUGGAAACUUAUGAGGAUCUUCCAGAUUUUGAUUCUGAAGAUGAUAUUCCACUGGCAAUCUAUACUAGGCUUCAGGAAGGACUAGACUUGGCAAAUGAUUUGCAAGGUUUUCUCCAAAUGGAACAGAAUGUUUUCACUGAGGACAACAAUAUAGAAAUUCAAUUUGACCAACAAGAUGAUACUAUGGACAUAAGUGAUUCAGAAGAAAUAAAUAAGCGAAAAAUGCCAUUUCUAACUAAAGAAAAUCUUAAGCAGCAUUGCCGCACAUGUCUGAAAAGAUUAAAAAUACAAGAUAACAGUUUAAUACCAAAUGUAGAUGUAACAGACGAAGUUUCAGAGUGUAAAGAUUUCUGUAUUAGCAUCGUUAAUAAUGAAGAAUUACAAAAUCUUAUAGCCUCCUACAUGGACGAGCAUUGGCCUAUUGAAGCGACUGAACCGAUAUUGGGGGAAUAUCCUCAGUGUGUGUGCAUACAUUGCUAUAAUAAACUGCAAAGUUUUGGAUUAUUUCGCGAACUAAUAAGGAAAAGUGCUCAAAAACUGCAGUCGAUACUCUGCCAUGGAGUUAAUAAAGUGGAAAUUGACGACGAUGGGUCCGAAGAAAAUCAAGGAAUGGGUAAAGAACCAGAAACAGCGCUGGCGACAGAUAUGUUUAAGUUCUUGCACAAGGAUACACUUAUGGAAACCGAAUCAGUUAUGCUUGAGUCAGAUAAUGUGGGAACGUUAAUGAGCGAGAGUGUACCAGACCCCGAUCCAUUCGACAUUGAUAUUUCAGCUGAACGUAGAGCUACACAAAGUGAAAUUUCAAAUAACGUUAUCAACGAAGAAAGUUAUGGUCAAGUAUGGCAAGAUGAAUCCGAAGCUGAUUUAGAAAACCCAUCUAUAUCAGUGACAUCUGAAAAUGUUGAUAGCAGGAUCUUGAACAGUCAAACAGUUAAAAGCAAUAUAACUAAUACUUUUGAAUGUAUUCUAAACGAUAAACAAAAUGACGAUGGUUUAGGAAAUAUAAAAUGUACACGCGCACGCAGUAAACGAUCUGCAGAAUAUGUGGCUACAAAAAUAACAUUAGAAAAACAUAAAAAAAGUAUGAAAAAAGCUAUCGAGGUUAGUCGACAUACUCAAAAGCUUGUGGACACUGACCAGACAGAUAGUAAAUCGAAGAGACGCAAUAAAGGUACAAAAAACAGCUUCAAAUGUGAGCAGUGUAGUCACAGUUUUGCCCACAAAAUCACCCUCGAUGCUCAUAGACGUAAAGUGCAUGAAGGAAGCAAGCGCCCCUUUCAAUGUGAUCGAUGUGAAAAAUCGUAUACAUUCAUCGGUGGUCUAUAUACGCACAUCAAGGAAAUUCAUGAAGCUGAGGUGCGUUCCUAUUCUUGCAACAUAUCUGGAUGUGACCGUGUCUAUACUAGUUUUAUUGCAAUGCAAAAACAUAAACGAUUGAAACACUCGGAUACACCCUGUGUGAAAAAAUAUGUUUGCGAACAAUGUGGCGCAACAUUCAACCAAUCCGGUAAUCUUAAAUACCAUCGUCGUUCUAAACAUCCUACAGACGCAGAACAAGCCGCUCAAGACCAGUUGAAAGAGCGCUUUGAAUGUGACGUGUGUAAGAAACUGUUCCAUUCACGGUACACCUUAAAGUAUCACACCUUACAACUGCACACCAACGAAAUGAAGUACGAGUGUAAUGUGUGUGGCCGUAGAAUGGCAAAAAAAUUUAUGCUCGUCCAACAUAUGUUAGUUCACUCUACUGAUAAGAUGCCGUGUGAACACUGCGGUAGGCAAUUUAUUAGAAAAUUUGAGUUGGAAGCGCACGUUAGAGCAGUGCACAUGAAAUUGAAGCCUUUUGAAUGUCAGUAUUGUUCCGAGUGUUUUGCUUCAAGAAAAACGUUGCGCCAUCAUGAGUAUAUACACACCGGUGAGAAACCGUAUGUUUGUGAUGUCUGUGGGCAGGCGUAUCGUCAACAGACCUGUUUGAAAAACCAUCGUAAAUCGCACGAAAGAUUUAAUGUUGAUAACGUGAUAUCAAACAAUAUUAAUCGGACAUUAAUGAAUUCAUUUAUAAAUGCUCCAUUGCAUACGAUUACUCAGAACAUAGUACCUCUGACCAAUGGUAACACCGAUGCAACAAACUUUAGUAGCAGCGCUAAAGGGAUAACUAAUUUGUCAUCAUGUAAGGUUGCUGGAAGUUUGAUUAAUUUAACUGACACUGGAAUUGCAGAGGACAGAUCUAAUAUUCAGCAAUAACUUCUUGAAAGAUGAAGAGUUGGCAACUUUUGGUUUUAAUUUAUUAUUA